AGAGCAGAAAAGGGAAAGUGAUGAAAAACAGAAGUGGAAGAAGGAAUCCGGUGCUUCUGAAAGUGCCAGCUGCCUGGAAACGACAACGCGAGAAGAAAAUCACAAAGAACAGAGAAGCAUUAUGCUCCCUCUGUGUGCAGGCACUUCAACUGGACCGUCAGUCUCCAACAUGCAACAGGGAAGUCAAAACAGGGAGAAACUGUUUCAGCUGUCAGAGUGUGAGAAGAGCUUCAGGCUGAAUGAAACUCUUACCUUACCCCAAAAAUCACGCACCGAGGAGAAGGCGCACAAAUGCUCCGAGUGUGGAGAGAGCUUCCACAAGAAGGACCACCUCGUUGCACAUCAAAGAGGUCACAUUGCCGGAAAAACCUACGACUGCCCCGAAUGUGGAAGGAGCUUCAGUCACGGCUCUGGCCUUGCUUCCCAUCAGAGGAUCCACACAGGAGACAAACCCAAUACAUGCACAGAGUGUGGAAAGAGUUUUAGUCGCAGCACAAGCCUUACUUACCACCAAAGAAUCCACACAGGAGAAAAACCAUAUAAAUGCGCUGAAUGUGGGAAAAGCUUCACUUACAUCUCUGGUUUUUCUUACCAUCAAAGAAUCCACACGGGAGUGAAACCAUAUCAAUGCUCACAGUGUGGGAAGAGCUUCAGUCUCAACUCAGGACUUGCCUCCCAUCAAAAAAUCCACACGGGAGAGAAACCGUAUAAAUGCACACAGUGUGGAAAGAGUUUCAGUCACAGUUCAGGUCUUUCUUACCAUCAAAGAACCCACACAGGGGAGAAACCAUAUAAAUGUUCACAGUGUGGAAAGGGCUUCAGAGAAAGUGGAAAACUUACUUCCCAUCAAAGAACUCAUACAGGAGAGAAGCCAUAUUGCUGCUCAGAGUGUGGAAAGAGUUUCAGUCACCAUUCAGGUCUUGCUUACCAUCAAAGAAUCCACACAGGGGAGAAACCAUAUAAAUGCACUGAGUGCGGGAAGAGUUUCAGUCACAGCUCAGGGCUUAUUUCCCAUCAAAGAAUUCACACAGGGAAGAAACCAUAUACAUGUUUUGAGUGUGGAAAGAGCUUUAGUCAGAGCACAAUCCUCAAUAUACAUCAGAGAAUCCACACUGGUGAGAAACCUUAUACAUGUCCUGAGUGUGGAAAGAGCUUCAGCCAUAGCUCAGGUCUUGCUUACCAUCAAAGAGUCCACACAGGGGAGAAGCUAUACAAAUGCACUGAGUGUGGAAAGAGCUUCAGUUGCAACUCAGGCCUUACUUACCAUCAAAGGGUUCAUAAAGGGGAGAGACCAUAUAAGUGUGCUGAGUGUGGACAGACCUUCAGAGAAAGUGGAAAACUUGCUUCCCAUCAAAGAACUCACACUGGAGAGAAACCAUAUAAAUGCUCUGAAUGUGGAAAGAGCUUCAGAGAAAGCGGAAAACUUGUUUCCCAUCAAAGAAUCCACACAGGAGAGAAACCAUAUCAGUGUUCAGAGUGCGGAAGGAGCUUCUCUCAGAGUGGAAAUCUUGCGUCCCAUAAAAAAAUCCACACAAGGGAGAAACCGUAUAAAUGCCCUGAGUGUGGAAAGAGCUUCAGUUACAGUUCCAGCCUUGCUUACCAUCAAAGAAUCCACACAGGGGAGAAGCCAUAUAAAUGCUCAGUGUGUGAGAAAAGUUUCUGCCACAGCAGAUACCUUACUUACCACCAAGUCAUCCACACUGGGGAGAAGCCAUUUAAGUGUUCUGUGUGCGGAAAGUGCUUCAGACGGAGUACAUACCGGAAUGCACAUCAGAAAACCCACAUAGAAAUAAUUCCCCAAGAAAACCAUACACACGGGAUCUGUGAUAUCAGCCUAGCAUUCUCUCCUCCCUAAAGCUGACUCUGUUCUGUGCCAUGUAAGCCAAAGAUGAGGAAGCUGUCCUUCUGGAUGUAGUCUUUGAUAAAUGAGUUUCUCUGGCUUCUAAUGCUGGUUGAAGCAGAAGACUAUUUCUUAAGAUUAGCUAACUCUAGCCAAGUUCUCUGCACACCACAAGUAGGCAGACUGGGGAAAGGAUGUGGUUUAUAAUCCACAAGGAUCCAUGUUCCUCCCCAGGUGUGAAAUCCAGAAAGUCCCUUUGUCAAAUGUGCACCUGAGGUUGGGGACAAAGGAAAGGCUGAGAAUUC